UCGUUCAGGAAUAUACCAGGAUGUGUUUUUCUGAGAUAGAGAUGAAUAUUUUGGUCGCUCUAUGCGAUGAUUAUGGGAAGAGUUGAUAGUCUAUCAUUAAAUGUGUCUUAUUUAGCUUUUAGCUUAUGGAUGAAAGAAUUCACAGUUCACUUUAUACAUGAUUGGACACCAGGGUUUAAAUUUGACCAAGGCCCAGUUUGGAAGUCUCCAAUAGCUAUCUACUGAUAAGUUCUAUCUGUUGAGAGUUACAUACUUAAUUUUCUCUUGCAAACGAACGAUCUUCGCCAAGAAGUAAAGAUUGUUACCGAUCUUAGGAUGAUUCAAAGUUGCUAGGAUAAAUUCAAAAUAGUUGCAGAAUUCAGGAUGCUUUCGAUAUAACUUCGUAAAAAUUUAUACAGACCGAUAUAGCCUGAAACAGUCAGAUGCAGUUCUUUAUCUAUCACAGAGGAAUCUAUAAAUAGAAAGACUUCACAAGAUCUCUCUUUCGUUGUGAAAUUCAAACAUGUUUAAGGACGCCCUCUGAUCACGCUCGUAGCUCUCUCAAUUUGUUCGUGCCUGCCCUUAAAACAAUCCCGCUCACUGUAAUCCAUAAAGUGCCACACAUGGAUUUUCUCCGACGAGCAAACACAAAACCAAAAAAAAAAAAUUCUCCCGCCACCGAGAUCCGUCGGGAGGUUUUAACGCGAAAGUCGCGUGCAGUAAAAUUAGAAUCGGAAGUGCACACGGGGAAAAAAGGGACGCAUUUGAAAAAAAAAAAACAUACACGGUAAGAUUCUUUACUCGCGUAGCCUGCCCAAGCAUAAGUAAGUCUGUCCCCUCCCGGCACACAUAAACAUUACUAGCACACACACGCGCGCGCGCGCUCACAGAAGCUAAUAAAGCCAGCCGGGGAAACGGAAUGGCGACAAAGACGAUCACGGUGAUCUUGCGACGCUUCUCACUUUCAGUCGAUCCCCAAACACAGGAACACGGUACGGUACGGUAUUAGUGUUAGUGAUGUGCGCUGUUGGGCAGUCCGAUUUGACGAUCCGAACGCCAACUGGCAACCAUCGGGACAAGGAUCUCGUCGUCUGUGUCGUGCGGUUUGUUUUGAUCCCGAUUUGAGUCAGUUGUGUUCGGUGUGUCGUAAGGGUAACUGCUGCUCCGUUUCGUGGCUCGUGUAACAAUAUCUAAAUUGCGUUCUACAGUAGUGAGUGGAAAAUAAUAAUCGUGUAAAGUGCGUGUGUGUGUAUUUUUUGAUGAAUAUGUGUGCGUGCGUGUGAGUGUUUUUUUCUCGGAAAGGUGGAAAAGCGCCUUUGCCUCCGUGUGCACAGGAUGUGAAUUGUUGGCCGCGGUAAGAAAAAUAAUCGGAAAACUCCCUAAAGGAUUUAGUGUUACAAGAAGAAGAAAACAGUCACAAACACUCACACUCACACUCAGACAGGGAUGGUUUUGCUUGCGGCCGGUUUGCUUGGUUUGCUGCCGUGGGCAGCGAGAAACCCUGCAUCCCUUGCACCCUCAGUGCCGUGUGCCCACCCAAAGAAACGAUAACGCAAAGAAGAGGGCCCAAGGAGGUGAGUUUUAUGCAAUCGCACAGGAUGUGCUGUGCGGGUUCCUGCAAGCUGUCCAACGCGUAAAAAUGGCCGUCGGGAUAAUGGUUGGCGGACGGCCCGGCACACUGAACGAGGGUGGAUCAUUGGGGUGAUGCUGUACACCGCACCAUGUGGCCAAGUGUGUGAAAAAAAACAUCAACUGUGAACCUGUGAGUGAGUGAAGCCUACUGAGUCGCAAGGAUCUCCUGUACAGUACUUUAACUUCAAACUCUUCAGCCCUGUCGUCAGGCUUAAAAGGGAGGUCUGUUAUUCUCUUCGAUUUUUUUUUGGGAAACCUAAUCAGAGCACGCAAUAAUGUACGUGAAACGAUUUUCCGUGCGAGAAACGGCGGCAAAUGGGCGCUGGAAUGAGAAGCGGAUGUCGUAACACUGGUCCAUCACCAACCACCAGUCGGGAUACCGAUGGGACCGGACCCAACCAGAGCCAGAGCUAAAGACGCUUGAAACGGUUGCAUUUUUAGCUAGAAAAAAAGUGACAUGUGACAAAACAUUAAACAGAAGCCCCGGAAAAAGGUUAAAGGUAAAAGUGAGCAGAAAGAAACCGCGACGGCGACGACGUAAAUUCAAUCUUGGAGUGUACGGUGAAAGAUUUGCAGUCGGCCGGCCGCAGCCCUUUUCUUGCGGUGUGUUUGCACGUACGCAGCCGAAAGCAAGGUCGCACGGAGCUGCCUGAGCGGAUGGAUGUGUGUGCGUGCGUGAGAAAGCAGCGAUGCUCAAGCGAACGAGAUGAGCGAGAGCGAGAGUGAGAGAAUAGCAGCUUCGCCCUCUUGCUCCUGUCGUCCUGUGUGCGUGUUUAUUACGCCGAGUUACGGGGGGAAAAAAUUUGUUGGGAAGCUGCAUACGUCGGGAUGGGUGAAAAUAAUAAAUGCCAAACUCGGCUAAUUGGCUAGAAAAAGAUACAUCCAAGUGUCCGCGUGUGUGUGUGUGUGUGGAUGAGUGUACAACAAAAAACGUUUCAACUUUAACACCACCGUUCUGUGAGACGGGAUGGAUAUCGGAAGAACAACAAACAACCUGCCGCACAGUGAGUUUAGCGGGCGGUGUAGACUUUUCACGGAUGCGCAUCCACGCAAGAUGGCGCCGACCGUGAGUGAAAGCCGUGGAAAGGUGUGUUCGCGCGUUCGUACGCGCGUACGGUCGCCGGUGUUGGGGACGCUGCUGACGGUCGUGCUAGUGGCGUUCUUUGCCCCGUGCCCAGUCCGGGGCCAGCGUCCGCUCGGGAACUCGACCUUCGGUGCGGCACACAACUCGUCCGGUGUUAUUAACGUGCAUCCGGUGCUGACGACCAGUACCACCUCGACCGAACCGCCCGCCCACUCCAUCUAUCCUGGGGCGGCGUUCGACGAAUCGUUCGAGGACGAUAGUUCCGAUCUGGACGAGCACGAUCAUGAUGAGCACGACCAGCACCAGCACCACCACCACCACAACAACCAUCAGGAGCAGGGUGGUGGACAUAGUAGUGGCGCUGGAGGUAUCGGUACCUUUCCCCAGCCGAACGAAGUGAAUGCUGGGGCGAGUCGGAAUGGUGGGCACGAUGGUGCACCGAUCGGUUCCCGGCAACCGGGUAGUCGGCUGAUCAACCCAUAUUUUCCAACGCCCGCCUCCACGCAGAGUGGUUCGAAGACGACGGAACCACAGAACGGGCGUCGGCCGUUUAAUCCGGCCCGUCCGGGACGGGGGCGCAAAACGUCACCAAUCAACGAACUGCGCAAGCUGAGCAAGAUCUCGACCACCAACAUGAACGGGCUCGAUUCGGGCGGUGAGCCUAUUUCGUACGGAUCGACAACACAUAGACGUGGCCAGACGGUACACCAUGGCAGUGGGGCGAAUGCGUACGGGCAGGAGAAUGCGGGUGAGCGAACGGCUGGAAGUGAUGGUGGUGGUACGGCGGAAGGAACGGACACGAGAGGAAGCACCGUGCCGCAACAGCAGGAAGGUGGCCGUGGCCGGGGUGCGGCAGACCAUGGGAACCGUGGCCGGUCUGAUGCGGGUCGUGGUCAUGGAGUACUGAUGCAAUCGCCAGGUUACUACACGGUCGGAUCAUCCUACAACCGGCAAGGCGAUGAUCCGCUGCGGACGUUACGGGCACGUUACAAUGAAGAGCGGUACCACAACUCUGUCACCGACCAGGGCUCCGAGAUGGACGAGAUACUGGGCAUGAAGUGUAACUUCGAGUCGGAGUGUGCGUGGACGUGGGACGAAAACGAUCAGCACGGAUUCCAGGUGGUUUCGGGGGUGAAUCUAACGGAAUCGAACCGGACGGGGCUGAUGCCGGGCCCGGGUGCCGAUCCGGCCCACAACGCCAACGGACAUUUUCUGCACCUGCGACUCACGCAAGACAGCCAACCGCAAAUACUCACCUCGCCGGUGUUUGGUGCGACGAAGGAGAACUGCUAUCUGGAGGUGUUUACGCACCAGAGCGCAAUGCAUCACGGCAGCAUACGCAUCGUGAUUGAGACGAUAGGGAAUCAGGAGUCGAGCUGGGUGCCGGCCGAAAUCAUGGGCAACGAUCUGCGCCGCUGGCAGAUCAACACGUUCCGCAUCGAUCGCAUCUCGAAGGACUUUAAGGUGCUGUUCGAGGUGGUACCGAACAAGCUGGGCGGGCAGGCCCGUGGGCACGUGAGCGUGGAUAACUUGCGGAUGGUAAAUUGCUUCCCGGACUCGAUCAGCACCAACAACUGUAGCUACUCGCAGGUGCAAUGCACGGCCAGUAAGGUUCCCGUGUGCAUCAAAACACCAAAGAUCUGUGACAUCACAGUGGACUGCGAUGAUAGUGAGGACGAGACGUUAAACUGCGACAAAAUUCCCUUCGGAGGACGCUGUGACUUCGAGUCGGGUUGGUGUGGAUGGCAGAACUAUGGCAACGUUAUCCUGUCGUGGGCGAGACACUCUGGUCCAACGCCGACCGAGAAAACGGGCCCGGAUAUGGAUCACACGCACGAGAACUCGAACGUUACCGGGUACUACAUGUUUGUCAACAUGAACCAGCAUGCGAACGAUAGUGAGAAGAAAUCGUUGGUUGGAUUGGCCAGUAACGCGAUCAUGAACAGUGUCGUCUUUAAUCCACCACCGUUGGUGCAUACGAAUGCUAGCUCACCGUAUAGGAACUCCUGUGUGGUUCGCUUCUACGUCCACCAGUACGGGAUGAACCCGGGCAGCAUAAAUCUGUCCAGUGUGGAGAUCCGUGAGAAGGAAAACUUCACCACCACACUCUGGUGGAGCUCGAAGAAUCUUGGUGAAGAUUGGGUACGGGUGGACAUUAUCCUGCCGAACAUUACCACCAAGUACUAUCUCCAGUUCGAGGCCCGUAUGGGAAUGCGCAUCUUUUCCGAUGUGGCGAUCGACGAUUUCUCGCUCAGUCCGGAGUGUUUCGGUUUGAAUAUACCGGCGGAACAUCUGCACGGGUACAACUAUUGGGAUCCACGGAUAGGGGGCGCAAAGCAGCCGCACAAAGAUUUCGUUGGAAAGUCCUUCCUGGAACUCAAUACCUGCGGGGCGAAGGGUCAGCAAGGUCCAACACCGGCCGACUGUCUGUCGUCCUACAACAAUACGGAAGCGUUCAGUGCGGUGCACGUUAUCGAUAGCCAUCCAUUCAAGGGAAUCCAGGCGUGGAAAGUACCCAACGAGGGUUACUACACGAUUAUUGCAAAGGGUGCUGGAGGUGGGCUUGGAUCCGGUGGAGUUGGUUCAUCCCGCGGUGCGAUGGUUCUGAGUGUCCUGGAGCUGCACAAGGACGAGGAAAUAUACAUCCUGGUAGGACAGAGUGGAGAGCACGCGUGCAUCAAAUCGAUGGGCUUUCGCGACGAGUCCUGUGAGAUGAGGAACAAGCAGCUCAACAUGGACACGUGGAUGCACUCGAAGACGCAGCAGGUGAAGAACACGAUCAUCGAGGAGGGCGCUGGUGGAGGUGGCGGUGGGACAUAUGUGUUUCUGUUGAACUCAGCAAACACAGCUGUCCCACUGCUAGUGGCCGGUGGAGGUGGUGGACUCGGUGUCGGACGAUAUCUGGACGAUGAUAUCCAGCACGGGAAAAAGUAUCUCUCGUUCAAGAAGGACGUCUCCGGCACGGCACACGGGGAAUCCACUCGACAAGCAGGCCCAGGAGGCGGUUGGCGUGCUCAGGCCGAUAUGGGACUCGAUCCACACUACGGAGCAUCGUUGCUGGAAGGUGGCCGAGGUGGACUACCCUGCUAUACGCCGCGAGGAACGCAUGGCCAGGGUGGGUUCGGAGGUGGCGGUGGAGGAUGUGAUACUGGAGGAGGCGGUGGUGGAUACUCCGGUGGAGAUACGAUGAUCAACUCCACCAACGGUGAAGGCGGAUCGUCCUUUAUGGCAUCCAAACGCAACGUACCGGAAUUGUCGAUGGAGUUUACCGGAGCCAACGGUGGCCACGGAGCGGUACUGAUCAUUCCCGCCAUACAGGGCUGUGGGUGUGAUUACCGAUGUGUUGCGUUGGACGAGUACCGGGCAACGGUGGGAUGCAUCUGCCCCGAUGGAUGGACGCUCAAGCCGGAUAACUACACGGCGUGUGAAUCUUCCACCUUCAUUCCAGUGCCGACGGAAACGGUGGAGAUGAAGUACCUUAUAAUGUUCUUUGUCGUCGUCGUGCUCGUACUCUGUGCCGCACUGGCCAGUCUUAUACUGAUACUUUAUAAUCGUUACCAAAGAAAGCGUCAGGCGGCUCUGCGGCAUAAGAUGCUGCUGGAGCAGGACCUGCAGCUAAGCCGGCUGCGCAGUACGGCCGACGAUUCGGCACUGACCAACUUCAAUCCGAACUAUGGUUGUGAUGGCAUCCUGAACGGGAAUGUGGAUGUGAAGAGUCUGCCACAGGUAGCUCGUGAAAGUUUGCGCUUGGUGAAAGCUCUUGGGCAAGGGGCUUUCGGUGAGGUGUACCAAGGUCUCUACCGUCAUCGCGAUGGUGACGCAGUGGAGAUGCCCGUAGCGGUGAAAACGUUGCCCGAAAUGUCGACCGGCCAGGCAGAGUCCGAUUUCCUGAUGGAGGCGGCCAUUAUGGCAAAGUUCAACCAUCCGAACAUUGUGCAUCUGAUAGGUGUCUGCUUCGAUCGCCAUCCAAGAUUCAUUGUGCUCGAACUUUUGGCUGGAGGUGAUCUGAAAAACUUCCUUCGGGAAGGUCGUAAUAAGCCGGAACGUCCGUCACCGCUCACGAUGAAAGAUCUAAUCUUCUGUGCGCUGGACGUCGCCAAGGGCUGCCGGUACAUGGAGAGCAAGCGUUUCAUCCACCGUGACAUAGCCGCCCGGAACUGUCUGCUCAGCAGCAAAGGUCCUGGUCGGGUGGUGAAGAUAGCUGACUUUGGUAUGGCACGUGACAUUUACCGCUCGGACUACUACCGCAAGGGCGGUAAAGCGAUGCUCCCGAUCAAGUGGAUGCCUCCGGAAGCGUUCCUGGACGGUAUCUUCACCUCCAAGACAGACGUCUGGUCGUUUGGCGUGUUGCUGUGGGAAGUGUUCAGCCUUGGUCUGAUGCCGUACACCGGUUUGCCCAACCGGGAUGUGAUGCAGCUGGUAACGGGCGGCGGAAGACUUGAUGCUCCGCAAGGUUGCCCGAUGGCCGUGUACCGUAUCAUGGCCGACUGUUGGAAUCCAACGCCGGAGGAACGUCCGUCGUUCUCGAACCUGCUCGAACGGCUAACGACGUGUACGCAGGAUCCGGAAGUGAUGAAUGCCCCAUUGCCGAGCUUUUUCCGACCACCGUCAAAUGAGCGCGAUACGACGAUAAUGCGUCCACCCGGAAACGAUGACUUCUGUCUGCAGGUGCCCAACUCCUCCGACUAUCUGAUACCACUCCCCGGUCCCCGGUCCGUUGCGGAACGUUUGCUGAGCGAAGCGACCGGCGUCACUAUUCCGGACACGCUGAUGACCUGUACGCCACCGAAGAACGCCUCUCCGCGCAUCGUUAACGGACAUACGGUGGUGGUGUCGAACGCACUGGUCGGACAUGGUGCUCCACAGCAGCAACCACUGACAACCGUCACCGAUGGCGCCUGCUGGGAAACGUCCUUCAUACGCAAACACCCGGGACAGGCUUGUCCGGCCGGUGUUCCCCUUCCACCUCCGCCCGUACUUGAUCCGGCCGAAGCAGUCCUUCCACCGAACGGUCCUACGAUGAUACCACCGGUACCGGAUGUAGCUGAUAAGCUGAUUUCCCUCGACACUCCGCAACAAACCCCGACCGCCAUACAACCGCCCAUCUCGUUCAGCAAUCCAAUCAGUGAGCUUGGCGACGGGCCAUCGCCUGGCCAAACGAAUGGUGGAUCGAUGACGAACGGGAACGGUCACAGCCACGGGCCGGCGAUGGUUGAGUCUCCGAUAGAAACGGCGAAGCUGCUCAGUAGUAUACCGCCACCGAUAACGCUCGACCCGGCGGCACUCAGCAUGCAGCAGAACCAUGUGGUCGGUACGUCCUAUGCGAACAUCCGCAUGAUGAGCAACGCGAACGGGAAUGGAUCGAACCACAGCCAUGGCAACCACAACAACAACAACAACAACCAUGGCGAUCAUGGAGUCAUUGUGGAUAAGCUCAGCGGUACCGGUGGGAUGGUGAUGACAACCAUACCGGGAUACAGCAACGGACCGACGGGUAAUGGUGGCAUCAACGGUGGUACUGGUGGUGGCAAUGGUGGCAAUCACAACGCCAACGGUCACCACGGACAUGGGCACGGUGGUAGCAAUGGUGGUGGUAAUGGUGGAGGCGAUAAAGGAUCGGUCGGUGGCGGUCAGGAUCCUUCCCGACAGGCGGCACCAUUUACGAUCCAAACGUUCAGUGAGCGUUACAUCAGCCCGGAAAACCAUUCCGAGAUUAGCUGUUAAAGGCUGUUCCGGCGCGAUGUAGGAACUCGCUUGUUUUGCUGAGGGAAACACAUAAUUUCUACAACAGUAACAAAACACACACACACACAUACACACACCUAUAUAAAGUAUCAUUGGUGGACAUUCAUUGGCCACUAAUUUGAAGAAGUAUUUCGUAACGAAAAUCAAUAUAAAUAUAUAUAUAUAUACAUAUGUACUACUAUAUUAAAGAAAUGGGUAACAAAAAACACACACACACACAACUCACAAACACAUACAAAUUAUGCAUUAUUUGUACAUAUACAUAUGUGCGUAAUACAAUAGAAACGCACAGUUGAUAGAAAGGAGGACGGAGGAGAGAAAAAUAAGAAAACAAGAUUAGAAUAUAUUUAUAAAAAACAAAAGUCACAGAUAGAAGGGCAGACAUCGAAGGUGUCAGCAAGAAAUAUUCAAUGUUACACAACACUUGGUUUUCUUUGUCCAUAUUAGUCCACCGAGUGGAACAAAAAAUGGUUAAACCAAAACAAACCAAACCCAAAUACCGUAAGGAAGAGCCAAUGGGAGCUAGUAAAUGUCUAAAGGUGGCAGCACACGUAUGUGCGUGUGUGUGUGUGCGAAUGGGUGGUUGUGUAGGAUUAAAUAAAGCAACAAGCUUACACGCAUAACACAACAUCCACGUCGAAACCCUGAAGCAUCAUAAUGUAAACGUAUUGACGGUAGGAAGUGUCAAAAUGAAAGCUCGAUUAAGUACCAAGCUACUAAGCUGCACGUUUCGUUGCGCUACUACAGUGUUGCUCGGGACGUAUGACACUUGUUGGCAUGUUUUAAACAGUAAGCGAUUUUAUUUGCUAUAACAAUCUCAGUAAUCUACGACUAAUGGUUGUUAUGGUUCGAACCGAGUACAUUGUUUUAAACAUGGCAACACGCGGUUUUAUGACCUGGCGAUCGUAGUAACGCACACUUAAACACUUGAUUGAGAGAAAAAAACGGGUUUUUUGACAGAUCGAGCGUCUACCGAGGGUCAAAAAUUUGUAGAGAUUUUGUUAAACAAAUAAAAAAGGGAAGGAAAAUUGGCUAUGGGAGAAGUGUUGGUAGAUACAUCUCGCCACAUUAGCUAGGGACGAGCUUAUCCCGUGUUUUAACAACGACUAAUUCACACCAAGAAGAAGGACACUUGUGGAAGGAGAAAAACUGAAAAACCCCACUGGGUGUACUCCAAUUCCUUUACUGUUUUUUUUUUGUACCAAAUCCGGUAAACUAUUUGUUGGCAUUUUUCGUAAGCAUUUUAAAGUUGAGUUUCGCUACUUGCCACCUUCCCUAACGCGUGGUUUUUCUUUAGCAAAACAGAUCUCCUUCCUUUGCUUUAUUAAGCUAGUAGAAAUUAAAUAUGCUAAGUAGCUGAUUAAACAAACAAUCGAAAAUUUAAACCGACUUGCUCAAAACGGUUUUGUUUCUCGUGUAAUGCAAAAGAAAACCAAAACAAAAAGGCCUAACGUGGCUCGAAAUUGUUACGUUUGCCGACAGUCGAGGGUUGUGAUCAGUUAGCAGCAGAGAACCAAAUUAAGCGAUUUUGUGUUUGUGCGUAAGAAAUUAAUCCAUGUUAAGAUUGUUACGUCUGGAUCUGUGUUUUCGUGAACGGUUUCGGGCGUUGUCGCGGUGUAGCAGGUAGGACAGUUGUGUCGACAUUUGUUUUGUGUGAGCAGGGUAUUGUUAAUUCUAUUUGAAAUGAUUAAAAUUAUCCCUAGCGUUUUUUGGAUAAUAAACCCAUCACGAGAAACUGGUUAGUGAGAAUGUAGAAGCAAAAUAAGAAAAAAAUGGGGCGAAAACAAUAGGAUGAGAUGAGGCUUUGAGUUGAGGUGAAUGUAGGAGAAAAAAAUAAUUCUCCAGGACGCCAUGGUUGUUUUUUUUUGUUCAUCGAAAUAUUCGAAUGUGUCCCUGUUUUGAGGACAAAAUGGCGCCCAUGCAGACUUCAUACUACCACCAUCGUAUUGGUGCACUAAGCUGAAGUGUCAAACAACUGUCAGAUUUAAUUUCUUUUUUUGUUUGGCUAGAAAAGUAAGUAAAAAAAACCCCAAACACAACAUUACAAUAUACGCUAGCCAGUACAGAUGACUAGCAAAACGGAAAUGAAUUCUCUGAUGCCAAAAUUAGCAAAACAUUGCAUGUGCUCACAGGCCGAGCUCAACAACAAAACCGAGCUCAACAGUAAACAAACAGCAAAGCAAAAACAAAAAUGAACAUAACAAGUAGAAAUGUCCAAGUUAGGACAAGGGACGAAGAGAAAGAAGAAAAUAGAAGAAAACCUAAACUAAAUGGUAACCUUUGUACACACGAAGAAACGUUGCAGAUUAAUUUUGAUAGAAUUGUACAGGAUAAUCAGUUUGUAAAGUCGUGUCAUCCCGCCAUUACCGGAUACCGGAUAGUGUAUGCCGACUUAGUAGGACGUUGCGUCCCGAGAAAAGGGAGGGCAGGGGAGACAGUUAAAUAAAUAAAAGUAAAGCAUAAACAAAACAAAACACACACACAUACACACACACAGCUAUUAAAAUAGAAUAUGAAAAGAAGGAGAGAGAGAGAGAGCGAUGCAUUAUGUGUGAAUGAGACAUGUUUUUUAAUGUAUACAACAGAUAAGUCUACUACUACCGAUGAUUGAGGUGUUCGAUAAUGCUUCGAUCAAGGAAGGAUAAACCCUUUGCCCUUUCGGGAUUGUGCGUGUGCAUGUGCAUGUGUGUGUGUAUAAGUGCGUGUUAAGUGUUAUUAAGUGGCUCAAGAUAGGCAAGAAGAGAUAUUGAGGAACCAGAGAGAGAGAGAGAGAGCGGAUAGGACAGGAAUGAAAUAUUAAAUGAAUAUUAACAUUAAUGGCACUACCUGCAGGAUCAAUGAAGUAAGGCAGAACUUCCCCGCAGAAAAAUAUGGAUGUAAAUUGUGAGUGUUACUAAAUACUUUGUACUGUGUCCCGGUCCCCCUGCCAGUGUUCCCAUCCUCCCCAUUCCCCUGUUCCAAGUUGAACCUCUCAGAAAGGGAGGACGCGCCUGUCUUCUUGUGAAAAUGCUUCAGAAUUGGAAAGCCGCUUUUUUCGUACUCCGUAAAGCAGGACUAGUGGUGGCAUUAGGCCAAUAAAGCAAGUGACACUUACACACACACAUAUAUAUAAUCGAACACUAUAUACACCGUGCUCUUUGAACACGCGAUUGGUUAAUUUUAAUUUCGCCAAAAGAAAUAUUUACUUUUCAAUUCUGUUCUUCGUAGUAGCAAACGAGGUAAAUUAGGCAAAAAAAUAAAAGGUACACCCAUACAGCAUGGCACAUUGUGUAUGUGUGGCCUUUCUUCCCAGCCUGUGGUCCUUCUGAAGGAAACAGCGACCAGCGAGAUGAUGAUGGCGAAGCGAGUGUGACAUUUUGAUCAUUUUAGUAGUCCAAACAGCGAACUGAUUGCAGCCGUGAUUUGUUAAGGAUAAAACACACACACACACAACCAAAUGAAAAAAAAUGGCAAAAGAAAAAAAUGCUAUUGCAAAGUGUUUGGAAACUUUGAAGAAAGUAUAAAUAUAUAUAUUAUACACAAACACAAAUACACACACACACAGAAGAAACAAAAGAAAGAGAGAGAAAAAACCGUGAAAGUAAACUUUUAUUUAUUUUUAUAUAUUAGAAGAAGAUAUAAAAAAAACCAAUACGGGCCAGAAAACGAUGGGAGAACAUGUAAUGUAUCUCUCUCAAGUAAUUUAGAUGAAACAAAAUUAAUGAAAAAUGGAAGUUGUGAGCUGAAAGAGGAAAAACAUGGAACAAAACUUGUCCCAGACAAAACAAAACACAAAACUUGAAAAAGGGAAAGAAAAUCGAAGAAAAAACAAAAGCAAACAACAUAUAGCCAAACAAAACCCAGACAACACUAACAAGGUAUCCUAACGAUAGAGCCAUCGGGCGCCAUUGAGAAUUGAGUAGAUAAAACAUACACAGAGACAGAGGAUGAAUGAGAGCGAAAACGAAACCAGAGUUAAGAUGUAAGUGAACCGUAAUGAUACUAACCUGUUCGUGUAAGCUAACCAAACAAACAAACCGAUAAAUGGAAGUGUGUAAAAGAACAGAUAGGAAUACAAUAGGAGAAAGUUUAAAACAAAACAAGAAAAAAGGAAAACAAACAACAGCAAAACAAAACUAUAUAUAUAUACACAUAAAUAAAACAAGUGUAAGUGAUGUAGGAAGAAUGGAAGGAAGGGUGACAGAAAACAUGACAAGAACACGGAUCCAAGUGGAAGGUGAAACAUGCUUUAAUGACCUAUGUGUACAUAUAAUGAUUUAGUGGAACAUUGUAAAAGAAACACAAAAACACACACACACACCCAAAAACAAUACACACACACACACACACACGAAAACAAUACAUAAGACAGAAAAAGAAAAGGACGCUUAGCAAGACAUAAGGUAAGGAAGACGUAAAGCAGUUGCCGUGUCGUGCUAGGCUUUCGUUUUCUAGGACGUGACCGUGCCCCGUUGUAGUGAAUACAAAAGCAAAAAUAUACCGUCUAAAUAAAACGUAUGUAAACUAAAACAAAACACAAGCAAAAACAACAAGUGAAAAAAAACCACACACACACACAUACAAACCCUAAUACAUGUUACAGUUGCAGUGGGAAAACAAACAGAACAACAGCAACAAAAAAGCACGAUAAGGAAAAAUAGGAAAAAAAACAAAAGAAGAAAACAGAACACAUAAACGGGGGUAACAGAAAUAUUAAUGUUAUUUAUUUAUUGAUAUUUAUGUAAAAAAAAAGAAAAGUAAAAAAAUGAAGAAAAAAAAACAACAACCAAAAGGAAACGCAACGCAAACAUAACUAAAAGACAACAACACACAAACACACCUACCAUUACUGAUAGGAAAACUGACUGAGUGUCGCGGUUGAAGAAGAGCACAGUGUGGAGGGGGGGGGGGGAUGAUAAAGGGAUGGAUUAAAGAGACAAAAACAAACAACACAUGAUGGAAAAAAAGAAGAAAAAAAAGAUACACAAAAGCACACACUGUUAAUACUAAACAAAAGCGCAGGAAUUGUGAAGGAAGGAUAAGGAAUGAAAAUUACCACACUACAGACACUCGCAUACUAACACUAACCGAUACCAACACCAGCUAACAGGUCGUAUAUACAUUAUGCCGAAACCACACCCCCGCCCCCAAACAUCCCCCAUCAUCCACACAUCGAGAAAAGGACACGCUCACCACAACAAAAGAGAGAAAUGUGGCGAGAAAGAAUGUUGUAUAAGGAAUCUUAUCAUAAACUGACUAAUAAACAAAUAAUGACAAAACAAACGAUGAAUGUAAA